AUGGUGGAGGAACGAAGCUUUAAUCAUCCUUAUAAGCCAUAUGAGAUCCAGAAGGAUCUCAUGGAACGGAUAUACGCUCUGCUCGAAGGAGGCAAAAAAGUGGGUAUUUUUGAAAGCCCUACGGGUACCGGGAAGACUUUGUCGCUUAUAUGUCCUAGCGUGACGUGGCUCCGCGAGAACAAAGCUAGAAUUUUGAAAAGUUCGAGCAACAGUUCGCGCGAGACACAAGUGAGCGGAGAUGACGACGACGACAGUGACGACAGUGACGAGCCUGAAUGGGUGAGACAAGCGUACGAGAAAAGCGUGAGCGGACGUGAAUUGCACGCACUGGAAGAAUACGAGAGAUACUUAAGUAGCCGGAAAAUCACGUACCCCACAAGAAAUGAAGAUUUGAGGGUCUCGCAAGGCCCACUAUCCCACAAGAAAAGAAAGGUGAAGCGCGUAGAAGUGAAUUUUGAGGACGCCGAUUUCUUACCUGAGGAGCAAAGCGACAACGCAAUCACGCAUCCUACCACAGGUGCUGUGGAUACGGCGCGCGAGAAGCUGGGAGACGAGGUCAAAGCUCUGUUGAGCAAACUAGACGGACACGAAAAUGCAGCCGAAAGUUUCAAUUUGACCUCCCCUAUCAAAAUCUUCUUCACGUCUCGAACCCAUUCCCAGUUGAGCCAGUUCGCAGCGCAACUGCGACUGCCACAUUUCCCACCUUCAAUUAGCACCUUGGAAACUGAGAGAAUCAAAUUUUUGGCGCUGGGAUCGAGAAAACAGCUCUGCAUUAAUCCCAAGGUCUCUAAAUCGCGAGAUCAAAGUAUCAACGAUUGCUGUCUGGAUGCAAUCAAAAACCAGAAUUGCGAGUUUUACACCAAAGCCCGAGAUUCUCACUACGUUGAGGAGUUUCGAGAUGCGGCUUUUAGUCAAGUCAGCGAUAUCGAAGAGCUAGCCACUAUUGGCGAAAGUAUGGGUGUAUGUCCGUACUACGCGUCGCGCGAAGUGGUAAAUCAGGGGGUCGAAAUCGUUACACUUCCGUACCAACACCUUCUAGUAGAAGAAACGCGGCAGGCACUCGGCAUAGAUCUCAAAGACUCCAUUGUGAUCCUGGACGAGGCUCAUAAUGUGAUAGACACUAUCAACUCGGUCAAUUCGAGCGAGGUAUCUCGAGCCGAUCUCAUGUGUUGCAAAAAUGGUCUUCAGGUAUACACGAACAAGUUUCGAUCUCGACUCGGAGCCAAGAGUCGGGUUAAUUUAAUGAAACUCAUGAAGCUAAUCGAUGUGCUGAUCACCUUUCUUCAUACUCACUACAAAAAUGGCUCCCGUUUUGCCUCAAGCGACAUUUUUGAUGGAACCAAUGCAGACAUGUUGAACAUCCAUCAAUUAAAUACCUACAUGAAGACGUCAAAAAUAGCCUACAAAAUCGACAAUUACACUCAAAGUCUUCAAGAACUGAAUAGGGAAAGCGCCAAGGUACAAGGGCAACCUACUCUUUUCAAAGUUGCAAAAUUUUUGACGGCCCUGGCGAAUCCUUCCCUUGAAGGAGAACUCUUCUUUGAAAAGGAUCAUGUAAUGAAGUACAUGCUCCUCGAGCCAGGUAGCGCGUUUAAGAGUGUAGUGGAAGAGGCGAAGUGUGUGUUGUUUGCCGGUGGCACGUUACAGCCAGUUUCCAGAAUCUUCAGAGAGCUUUUACCAUCUGUUCCGAGCCAGGAAAUAGAGACAUUUUCCUGCAAUCACGUCAUCCCACCCCAGAACUUGUCAACCUAUAUCGUCAAGGAAAGCUUUGACUUCACCUUUGACAAACGUGAAAGCGCAACGCUACUCCGUGAGCUGGCGUCUUUUUUCAAAAGCCUUGCACUCCGUGUCCCGGAUGGAAUCGUGGCGUUUUUUCCAAGCUACGCUUACCUCUCGAAAGUGGUAGAUUUUUGGAAAAAGCAAAUGUUAGUGACUGAAAGAAUUGAAGGUAAACGGAUAUUUUUCGAAACUUCUGAUAGUAGUCAAGUUUUAAAUGAAUACAUCAGCGAAGUCGAGACCUCUGGUAAGGGCGCCAUCCUCUUUGCGGUGGUUGGCGGCAGGCUUUCUGAAGGCAUAAAUUUCAAGGAUGCGCUCGCGAGAGCGGUCGUGAUGGUGGGGUUACCUUUUCCGAAUCUUUUCAGUGGUGAAUUGAUCAUCAAGCGGAAACAUUUGGAGAAAAAAAUAAUGGAUAAUGGUGGUACACGUAACGACGCACUAGCAGCUACGCGCGAAAUGUAUGAAGAUAUUUGUAUGACUGCUGUGAAUCAAAGCGUCGGCCGUGCCAUCAGACACAUCGGCGACUAUGCCACAAUUUAUCUCUUAGAUAAAAGGUACGACUCCUCGCGUAUUCUCGACAAAUUGUCCAGAUGGGUCAGAUCCCGUCUGAGCCCCAAUAUGAACAUCAAUGCUGUGCUGGAGGACACGGAGAAGUUUUUUAGCAACAAAAUUUUGUGA